ACGGCCCUCGUGACUGUCGUAAGAACAAGCCCCAUCGCCAUCGGACAGUAGCGCAGCCAAUUUCCACCGAAACCCUAGAAGUAAGCGCAAUCCACUCGCUGCCUGUUCGUCCGACGGCGGCGACGGCGCCCCACUGCUUCCAACCUCCGACGCCCCGCCGCUAAAGCUAAUUUCGCGAUAGGGCGACUCGCACCGGCCACCAUGGAUUCGCCUCCGCCGCAACGCCGACUCCAAUCGCUGGUCGACGACGCCAUCCGCGAGAUUUUGCUCCGGAAACCGCCGGACGACCCGGCGAGGCUCGUCCGCGCCUCCGCUGUCUCCACCGCCUGGUUCGGAAUCGUCUCCGACCCUUCCUUCUUUCGCGACUACCGGACCUUCCACGGGAAGCCCCCGAUAUUGGGCUACCUCGACAACAAAUCCUACGAGAGCCACAACGUCGCCCAAUUCAUCCCCACCGGAGCCUUCCGCCCGCUCGUUUGCGAGCGCCGCAACUGGGACGCGGUCGACUCCCGCCAUGGCCGCGUCCUCUUCUACACUCCCAAGGAGGACACGGAUUUCAUCGUUUGGGACCCCAUCACCGACAAGCAGCAGGUGAUUUCCGCCGAUCCCAAGAUAUUUGACAUACUUUGUACUGCAGAGGGGAUAACCUGGAUGGCCACUGUGCUCUGCGCCAAGGACGCCUGCGAUCACCUGGGCUGCCAUGACGGUCCCUUCCUCGUCGCCUUCAUGGGCUCCAACGAGGUAGAAAAGACCAUGUUCGCCUCUGUUUACUCAUCCGAGACUACCCAGUGGAGCGAAAUGAUCUCAAUUGAGAAUCCGCAUGAUAUCUAUCCGUUUGCCACCAACACAUGUCCGUAUGCCAUUGAGGAGAAGGGCCACACUGCCGUUGUCGGAAAGAAAAUCUAUUACCCCGUCAAGUGGAGCUACUGGACCAUGAAAAUUGUGACGUACAAUGUGGGCGAGCAGGAACUUUCACUUAUCAAUUUGCAGGGCCAGGCACCCGCGCGCGGUAUACUCAUGGGAGAGGAAGACGGUGCGCUGGUGUUUGCGGCCAUAAAGGAGUCUAAACUCUCUGUGUGGUCAAUGGAGGCUGGUCCCAAUGGAGUUGUGGCGAGAGGGCAACGCAGGGACAUCAAGCUUGAAACUAUUCUUACUCCUCGUGCCCUCUCAUGGAUGGUAGGCGAAACCUUCAAGGAUGGUAGAUGCACACUGGUUGGUUUCGCCAAUGGUGCCGGUGUCAUCUUCCUAAAUACAGCAGAUGGGCUCUUUACAGUUGAGGUCGGUUCUGGCCAAACCAAGAAGAUACACAGAAACUGCAGCUUCGAGACAGUCAUACCCUAUGUGAGCUUCUACAGUCGAGAGCAUGCCAGGUUCGUAAUGCCACUGCAAUCAAACUCAUACAAGAAGUGAAGCGGCCGCCAUUUUGAAAGAGUAGAUGAAAUAUGGAGCUGCAUGGAUAAUGGCCAAGUUUCUGUGGAGAAAUGCUGGAGCCUUUUGAGAGUAUGGUUGAAGUAUUGAACUUCUGAUUUGGUUUCAGAGGAACAAUAGCUUUCUGGUCAGUUUGUUGGUUUCAGGGGAACGACAGCUUUCUAUUCAAGUAUUCAGUUCGUCCAGUGUGACCAUAUAAUUCUAAGGUUGUUAUGUUGUUAUGCCGUGUGAUCAACUGUGUGCAUUGUGCUUGUUACUGAGAUUUGUCAAUUUGUGUUGUGACAACUGCAUGCUCUUGGCAACGCAACAGUACGAAUGGAUAUGUAGACUGAAUUUUGGAAA